AUGGUCAUGUGUCAGCUCCUGUCCUGUUCUGAGGUUCCUACAUCCCAAGAGCAUGAUCAUGAAAAGCAACGCAUUCACCAGAAACUGGAUCAGCUGAAGGCUAAACUGGACCACCUGUGUCGUCCCUGCUCCUGGGACUGGAUGUUCUUCCAAGGAAACUGUUAUUUCUUCUCUACAUUCCAAGAGAAAUGGAAGGAAUCUGUCAAGGCCUGCAAGGACAUGGGGGCACAGCUAGUGGUCAUAAAAAGUAAUGACGAGCAGAGCUUCCUCCAGAGGACUUGUAAGAAGAAACGCAAUACCUGGAUGGGGCUCUCAGACAGAAAGGAAGAAGGCCAAUGGCUAUGGGUGGAUGGCUCACCGCUGCUUUUCAAUUUCAGGAACUAUUGGUCUGCAGGAGAACCCAACAACCAGGACAAUGAAGAUUGUGCAGUAUUUUCAGAUUCUGGAUGGAAUGAUAUCACAUGUUCCCAUGAGGCAUUCUGGGUCUGCAAGAAGCCUGCAUCGCCUUGCUCUAAGUAAAAUCUGUUCACCUCUGUGGUCUAUACACUGAGCUAUUUAUCAUCUACUUGAAUUUUAGGUAUUCUCAUUUCAGUUUCUUUUGUCUUUCUGUGGGCACUUGGGUUUAAAAAAUAGAUUUGAAUUCUACUUUUCCAGACACCUUGUCUUCAAACACUUGGGCCACUCCUGUGCCAAUAAUUUACUGUGUUUUGGGUUGGGGAUUUUGCCAUGUUUUCAGCUUUCUUCCAGGAUUAAAUUCUGAGUUGCUUGUCACUCACCUCAUUUGCUGUUCUCACUCUUCCUCCUGUGUGUGAAUUAAAAUAUGACCAGCCAUAUUCCCACUCCUGUUGCCA